AUGGGCACAGUCACCUUUCCCCUCAUUCGUGACCGGCAAUAUGGCAUGAUAAUCGCACCGGCGAUCUUCAGCAUUUUCUCUAUUGUUGCGGUCGCCUUACGAUUCACUGCACGGCGUCUUGCCCACCGAAAGCCAGAUUCUAGCGACUACACUCUGCUGGUCGCCCUGGUUCUGUCAGUCGGCUAUUCUGGGCUGAACAUAGCUGAAUGCCUCGUUGGCGGUGGCGGACUGCAUGUCGCCGAGAUCUUUGCCCACGGAGGCUCCAUGAUCACGUUUCAGAAGAUCGGUCUGGCUGUGCAAGUUUUGUGGUCAACGACCGUGACCUUUGUCAAGAUAUCCCUUCUUUUGCUCUACUGCAGAGUAUUUCCACUCACGUGGUUUCUCUGGUCUGCACGCUUCAUUGGAUCUCUGUGCAUCGGUUACACAAUAGGGACUAUACUCGCCGCUUUUCUCGUCUGCCAGCCUCUAACAUUUUACUGGGACACCACUAUUGACGGCGGCCACUGUGGGAAUGAGUUCCUUUCUUACAUCCUCACUGGUUCAAUCAACAUAUCAACAGAUUUGAUGGUGCUUCUUUUGCCCAUACCCAGCCUAAGCAGGCUCGAGAUGUCAUUGUACAGGAGGCUGACGCUCAUCGCUACGUUCGCCUGCGGCCUCUUCACCUGCAUAGUUGGUGCCCUGCGUCUUCAAGCAAUUGUCACCAUCGACUUCAACGACUACACCUACUCCAUCGCCAAUGCCAUGACCUACAGUGCCGUCGAGCCCGCUGUGGCCAUCAUUCUGGCGUGUGUACCGACACUGCGCCCCUUGCUCCCAUUCCGGACGCGGAACUCUAGCAAGGCGGGAUUCGGGGCCAGCAAUACUCUCAAGUGGAGGUUGCAUCCCAGCCUGAUCACUUUUGGUGGCUCGGGAAAGCCUAAAACUAACGUUAGAAAUAAGGCUGACACGCAGGGCGCAAUGAGGCUUGAUGAUCACCUCGAAACAGGGUCUGAGUGCGAGCUCACUACUAGGCCGGAGUGA